AUGACCCGCCCCGAGGACGACCUGGCCUAUGGCCAGUACUACCAGGACUCCGCCCGGGGAGCCUCUUCCGGAGACUCCUCCAGGGGUCUGAGCGACACUUUUAAGAAGCUGAAGCAGACUUACAAGUCCCACCAGUCGCAACAGGGCUCUUCCCAGCAAUCUCAGCAGUCGCAGCAAUCCCAGUCCGCCAGCUACUACAAUACUUCGAACCAGACCUACCAGUCCCAAGGUCCCUCGCAGUCCCAGCAAUACCAUCCUCAGCAGCAACAACAACAACAGCAGCAACAACCCCAUCCGUCGAAACCGCAGAAGCAGGACAAAUUUUCCGGCUUGUUUGGCAAGCUGGAAGAACUCGGCAAUGAGGUGGCACAGAAACUGGGUACCGCGCUCGACCCCCAGGCGUAUGCCGAGUAUGGCGCUCCAAAGCCGCAGACCGAGAACCGCUUCGGGAGCUUUGCGGCCCCGCGUCAGGGUAACGAGGUCAAGUGGCACGUGGAUGGUUGCGCCUACUUUUAUGCUGUGUCCAAGGCAUUGGAGAGUGCCAAGGAUUAUAUUUGGAUUCUGGACUGGUGGCUCUCUCCGGAACUUUACCUGAGACGACCCCCCGCAAAGCACGAACAGUACCGGCUGGAUCGGAUGCUGUUGGCUGCGGCGCAGCGCGGAGUCCGGGUGAACAUCAUUGUGUACAAGGAGGUGACGCAGGCACUGACCCUCUCCUCACACCACACCAAGCACCAUCUGGAAGACCUCCAUGAAAACAUUGCAGUAUUCCGUCACCCCGAUCACCUGCCCGACCGUCAGGAACUCGAGGCGUCCAUCCAUACGUCUCUCCAGAACUUGUCCCUCGAUGCCGGCAACCUUGCCAAGAUGUCCGAAGACGCCAUCAAGGGCAUCUACGGCAUGCACGAGGAUGUGAUUCUGUACUGGGCUCACCACGAGAAGCUUUGCCUCAUUGAUGGCCGCAUUGCGUUCAUGGGUGGUCUGGAUAUGUGCUUUGGCCGCUGGGACACCAACCAGCAUGAACUGGCCGAUGUUCACGGUCAGGACCUGAACAAGAUUGUCUUCCCCGGUCAGGACUACAACAACGCCCGAGUGAGUGAUUUCCACGACGUUGCCCACUGGGAGCAGAACCAGCUGGACCGCAAGGACACUUCUCGCAUGGGCUGGUCCGAUAUUUCGGUCAGUUUGCACGGCCCGGUCGUCGAGGAUCUGAGGAAGCACUUUGUUCAGCGGUGGAACUUCAUCUAUGACUCCAAGUACCAGUCGCGCAACAACUCGAGAUACGCCAGAUUGGCCCUGUACGGCCGGCCGACCUCAGGCCCCCAGCAGCAGCAAGGGCCCCAACAGGGUGGUCAGGCCCAGAAACCGCCCGCGUCGCCUCAGCCUGGUGCCACUGGGCCUCCCCCACCGAGCUGGCAACAGCAGGCAGCGUCUCCCCAGCCUGGGGCAAAUCCUGGUCCUCCUGCUCCUAGCUGGCAGCAACAGGCAGCUCCGUCGCAGCCUAGCGCCCAGGCACCUAGUUCCAGCAGCUCUUCUACCCCAAGCUGGCAGCAGCAGCAGACCGGAGUUGCCAGCAACACUCAGCCUUCCAGCACUGCCAACCCCGCGACACCUACCUGGCAGCAGCAGGCACCGACACCUCAACAGGGAGGCUACGCAGCCAGUCCUUCCCCCAACCCGAGCAGCCAGGAGAAGCCCAGCUGGCAACAGCAGCCUGCGCAGCCCAGCGGUUACCAACCCCAGGCACAAACCACUGGCAGCCAGGAGAAGCCCAGCUGGCAACAGCAGAGCUCUGAGCCUCCUGCGUACUCGGCCCACCCACAGCAGCACUACACUUACAGUGGUGACUCGUUCCCCCCACCCCCUCCUGGUCCUCCGCCAGCCCAGAACUCUGUGCAGGCGUCUUACCAGGCGUACAACCCCCAGCAGCCGUCGCCUCAGAACCAGACACCCACCCAAGGCCAGAGUCAGACUCCUUACUAUCCGCCUCCCCCGAACCAGGAAGUCCACCACUCGCAAACACGCGGUAUUCACGACGCGCACCAGAGCGGAUAUGGCGACUCUGAGAGGGGCUUCAACCCCCGCCGUCUGCGUGAGAACUUCAUGGACUACGGCAACGUCCUGCGUGGCGAGUUGGCAGGCCAGAUCCAUCAGUACCAGGAUCGGUUCUCCACUCAUGGCCGUCAGGUUAACCAGCCCCGUGGUAACAUGACCUGCCAGAUCGUGCGCAGCUGCUCGAAGUGGAGUAACGGCACUCCGACCGAGCACUCCAUUCAGGAUGCGUAUGCUGCGGUCAUUCGCAACAGUCAGCACUUUAUCUACAUUGAGAACCAGUUCUUCAUCACAGCGACCGGUGACGCGCAGAAGCCGGUGGAGAACAAGAUCGGUGUUGCGAUUGUGGAGCGCAUUCUGCGCGCUGCCCGUGCUGGUGAGAAGUUCAAGAUCAUCGUCGUGAUUCCCUCCGUCCCCUGCUUUGCCGGAGAUUUGAGCGAUGAAUCCACCCUUGGUACCCGCGCCAUCAUGGAAUUCCAGUACAACUGCAUCAACCGCGGAGGCAGCAGCAUCAUGGAGAUGAUUGCCAAGGAGGGAUUCAACCCGAUGGACUACAUCCGGUUCUAUAACCUGCGUAACUACGACCGCAUCAAUGUCAGCGGCCCGCUGAUGCAGGCUGAGCAGAGCAGCGGCGUCAAUUACGAGGAUGCCCGCAAACAGCACGAUGUGACUACCGGCGGCCCUGGUGGUUAUGGUCCUGGUGCUCCGCGGGCAGCUUUCGACACCACCGCGCCUUACCAGCAGUACCAGCAAGCUGCCCAGCAGGUGGGCGGCAAGUCUGGCCAGUGGGAUAGUGUGAGCAGCUGCUACAUGCUCAAUGGCCCUGAUAUUCGCAAUGUGCCCUGGAACGGACCUCCGGAGGCCGAGAUUGAUGCGUUUGUCACCGAGGAACUCUAUGUUCACUCCAAGGUGAUGAUUGCUGACGACCGUGUUGCCAUUGUCGGAUCGGCUAACUUGAACGACCGCUCUCAACUGGGAACUCACGACUCGGAAAUUGCCAUCGUCAUUGAGGACUACACCCCUGUGCAGUCCCGCAUGAACGGCCAGCCUUGGACUGCCAGCCGGUUCGCUACCUCCCUCCGUCGUCAGCUGUUCCGCAAGCACCUGGGACUGCUGCCACCACAGGACAUGGAGCGGCCGGACGGCAACUUCGAGCCAGUGGGCGUUCCCAACACCACCGACUUCGAGUCACCCGAGAGCCAGAUUGUGGCCGAUCCGCUGGCGGAUACGCUGCACAGUAUGUGGAACACGCGGGCUCGGACGAACACGGAGGUGUUCCGCAAGGUCUUCCACUCGGUUCCGGACGACUCGGUGCGCAACUGGGCUACGUACAAGGAGUUCUACGGAUACUACUUCCACAACGCGGACAAGCAGGCGUAUGGCGAGGACGAGUCCAGACCUGCUCGCUACAAGUAUGGGCACGUGGUCCGCGACGACUUCCCUCCGGGCCCGGAGGGUGUCAGGCAAGUCAAAGAACUGCUCAGCCAGGUCAAGGGCACGUUGGUGGAGAUGCCUUUGAUGUUCCUGAUUGAGGAGGAUGUGGCGAAGGAGGGGUUGACGCUGAAUGAGAUUACGGAGCCAAUCUACACUUGA